UGUAUUGCAUUGAAGUGCUGCUGCUAAGUUAACAAAUUUCACAUCACGUGCCGGUGAUAAUAAACCUGAUUCUGAUUCUGCAUCGACUGGGAUUCUGUUCCCACUGCUGCCUGUAAGGAGUUUGUGGAUUCUCCUUACGACCAUACUGGUUUCCUCCGGGCGCUUCUGUUUCCUCCCACAUUCCAAAGAUGCACAGGUUAGGGUUGAAUCUGGUCAAUGGUUGAGUUCUGAUCCCAAAAGAAAAGAGUUCGUCCGCCUCGAGCAAUUUCGCCAAAUAAACCUUCUGAACAGAGAAGGCAAAAUCUUUUUCAGCGUGUUGGCGCAAAGGCUUACAAAGUAUCUGAAACAAAACCAUUUCAUUGAUACAUCAAUCCAAAAGGCUGGCCUAGCGGGUUUCUCGGGAUGCCUUGAACAUACCAGCGUCAUAUGACAUCAAAUCCAGAUGGCUAAGAAAGAAAGAAAGGAUCUGCAUGUCCUGUUCCUCGACCUGGCCAAUACCUGUGAACCAGUUCCUCAUUCCCUACUGUGGACUGCUUUUGAAUUCUUUCAGGUGCCUGCAAUAACAAAAAGUCUGGUAAAACUCUACUUCCAGGAUCUGCAAGUUUGUCUCACAACAUCAGAUUUCACCACAGCGUGGCAACCACUGGAAGUAGGAAUCAUGGCGGGGUGCACCAUCUCCCCAUUGGCCUUCACCAUGGCAAUGGAGUUCAUUAUCAGAGCCUCAAAAUGGGUUGCAGGAGGAAAGCAGCUAUAGUCGGUCAACGGCUACCACCGAUACGAGCCUAUAUGGACGAUAUAACAAUACUGACGACGACCGUACCCUGCACCAAGAGACUUCUGGAAAAGCGUCAUCAAAACGUCACAUGGGUGAGGAUGAAGAUCAAGCCCAGCAAGUGCAGAAGCAUCUCCAUUGUCAAAGGUCAAGUCACAGAUAAAAGAUUUCAUAUUGAUGGGACACCUGUCCCGACCGUGUCAGAAAUGCCAGUGAAGAGCUUGGGUCAAUGGUAUGAUGCUAAACUCAAGGACACUGAGCAGUUUAAACAACUAAAAAAGGAUACCAUCACGUACAUAGCUCGCAUCAACAAGACCUGGCUGCCAGGAAAACUCAAGCUGUGGUGCUUCCAGUUCGGCAUACUCCCAAGACUCAUGUGGCCUUUAACAGUGUAUGAAAUCCCCAUCAGCAAGGUGGAAAAGCUCGAAAGAAUGAUCAGCACACAUGUAGAACAGUGGCUUGGACUCACACGAUGCUUAGGUCCUGUUGGACUGUACGGAAACGGCAAAUUGGAAUUACCAAUUGCAAGUCUUGUGGAAGAAUUCAAAUGCACCAUAGCAAGAUUGGUCAUGACCCUCACUGAAUCUGAAGAUACUGUUAUUCGAACAGCAGCCUCCCAUGUGGCAAUGGGGAGGAAGUGGACUCCAUCUGAAGCCAUACAGAGUGCUAAGUCUGCUCUUUGCUUCAGGGAUGUGGUUGGCCAAGUCCAACAUGGGAGAGCCGGGCUCGGGCUCAUCCCAAAAGCUCCUCAGUGGCACAAGGCAACAUCAGUGCAGAAGAGACGGCUCCUGGUGGAGGAGUUGAGAAGACAGGAGGAGGCAGAGUGAAACGCCAGGGCCGUCUCAAUGGCCAAGCAGGGCCACUGGAUUAAUUGAGAGAGCCUGGAAAAGGGGAAACUUAGCUGGCGUUACAUCUGGGAGAUGGAGGGAUCUUGGCUAAGUUUUGUCAUCAGAGCCACUUAUGACCUCCUACCCACACCCCAGAACCUGAACCAGUGGUGUGGAGAAGACCUCGCUUGCUUUCUUUGUCAAGCACCUGGAUCACUAAGGCACAUUUUAACAGGAUGCACCACGAGCCUCACCCAGGGGCGGUACACUUGGCGGCAUAACCAAGUUCUCAGACAGCUGGCAACAAUCUUGGAACAGAGGCGAAUCACAUCAAAUGCUCUCCCACAAACAUCGGCAGGAAAUGUCCACAUCACACGAUUUGUACCAGCAGGCCAACCUCUAGAGCACCAUAUAACAUCAAAAGAUGUAAGCGUUCUGCAGGUUGCUCAGGAUUGGAGAAUGGACGUGGACUUGGAAAAAAAAAGCUUGUGUUUCCCCCAGACACUGCGGCUACAACACUCCAGCCAGAUGUGGUCCUGUGGUCCACAACAGCCAAGCUGGCAUAUGUUGUGGAAUUGACAGUACCAUGGGAAGAUGGUGUCGAAGAAGCUUAUGAGAGGAAAAAGACCAAGUACUCUGAACUGGCAACUGAAGCUGCCCAGAAUGGCUGGAAGGCCAAGAUUUUCCCUGUAGAAGUGGGAUGCAGGGGAUUCGUUGCGACAUCUACAACCAGUCUAUUGAAGAAGAUGGGGGUGAGGGGUCACUCCCUCCAGCAAGCAAUCAAGUCCUUGUCAAAUGCAGCAGAAGAAAGCAGCAAUUGGAUUUGGAUUAAAAGGAAAGACAACUGGGCUGCAAGAUGAAGACAGGAGGGUAUGGAACUGAGGGGGGUGUAUCUAGGAUGCCAGGUAGCACCGUUGAGUCCUCUGGAGACACCGUGGGCUGAUCAAUGAAAUGUCAAAGAAGGAGGGUGCCCACCUGAUGACCCCGAUGACGUACCUACCCUCCCUCCUUGUCACCACUCCAAGCCCACUGCCAACAUCGAGAGUGCCGAUUUACCAUAGGGAUUGAAACAUCAAGUCCUAGUAGCUCUACUCUACUACAAGCAGAUAACUCAAAUAUUGCCAAUUAUUUUAAAAAACAUUUACACCAGAAAUUGAAAGACUGAAAUAAAGCUUGCUGAAAUGAAACUGGAUAAUAAUUUAUCAUCCUGACAUUCUUAUACAAAAUGGCUGAAAAUUUUAAAAGCUUUAAUUGGAACCAGCAGCAGUGUAGUUCUUCCCAGGGAUAAAGACACUCAUAUCGAGACACUAUAGUGUUUAAUUAUUUCUUUAAUUUUGUGCUCAGGGAUAAUGUUACAUUCCCACUUCUUAUUUUCAACGGCUGCAUCAAUAGCACAAUGUGUAUUAAAUCUCCCUUUAAUCUGCCCCAAAAAUCCACUUGCAUCCUUAAUUUCACAAUGACAAUUCAAUGUCACUACUUUCAGUUUAGAAAACAGGAAAAAUUAUUAUCAAGCCCAAUUUGCUUAUCAAUGCAAACUUGAUUAAUCUGCAAACUAAUUCCAGAUGCCCACUUUUUCACAAGCAUAAUAUUUUUUGUUUUUAAGACAUUGAACAGAGUUAAAAUUAACACCUGACCUAGCAUUCAAUUGCUAUUUGGAGAACAGUUCUAAACUUCAGCUAUUCGUUGGAUAUAGAGGUUUUUCUGACUCAUUUGUUCACAGGACCCUCAGGUCUUAUUCUCUCCAACCAGAGGAAAUAUGUUUAUUUAUACCUUAUCAGUCUCUCUUACAGUCUUAACAACCAUGACCAACUCCCAACAAUCUAAAUUGAACAAAUACAACCCAAUUCAUGCAGUCUCUCCUUAUUCCACAAGAUGAGGUAUUAUAGCGAUAAAUCUACGUAGAACUAUUUGCAACUCAUAAAGCUAAAGCAACUUACUCUAGGUACAGCGCCUAGAAUUACUUACAAUAUAUAAACACAAGAGAUUCUGCAAAUGCUGGGAAUCCAGAGCAACAUACACAAAAUGCUGGAGGAAUUCAGGCCAGGCAUCAUCUCUGGAGAGGAACAAACAGUUGAUAUUUGGGGUUGAGAACCUUCAUCCGGACUGAUGAGUCUCAUCCCAAAAAAUCAAACUGUUUAUUCCUCUCCAUAGUUGCUGUUCUUCCGGCAUUUUGUGUGCAUUACUCACAAUAUUCCAGGUUGAACCGUGGUCACCUGCAGUCCUCGCUAAGUGACAUUGCCAAUCGGCAAACGGAUUCAGAAAUUAAAAUAAAGUUUGUCAAUUACGUUACCUUUGUAACUCUCCUGUGGCAGUGCGGCGCAGAGUCAGUUGCAAGCUUUAUGCCACUUAGCUUUAGAUACUGUACAAUUAUAAUGGUGCUAGCUAGCUAACUAGCAAAUAAAUGCCACAAUAAACUUGUUCUGUUGACCAUAAUCAGAAUGAGACA